UGUGGGCAGCUGCCUCCUUGGGAGGACACAGAAGGUGGCUGAGGAGGAUGGCAUGCCUGGGUUCCCUCCUCCCCGUGGGCUUACUCCUCCUCCUCCUCAGCCCCGAGGCCCGGGGAGAAUACGGCGUGGUCCACGUCGUGUCAAAGAACUGGAGCAAGGACUACUGUGUCCUGUACAGCUCUGACUACGUCACCCUCCCCCGGGACCUGCGCUAUGCCCCACUUCUGCCCUUGCAUGACGGCACCAAGACACCAUGGUGUCCGGAUGAAGACUCUUUCCACCAGGCCCAGGACAGUUUCCCUAGACAGCGACCCCUGCACCAGACUACUACCAUGGUCACGCGUGGCAACUGUAGCUUCUAUGCCAAGGGCUGGUUGGCUCAAGACCAAGGUGCCCAUGGGUUGCUCAUUGUGAGUCGGGCCAGCAACCAACAGUGUUCAGAUACCACUUCAAAGCCCCAGGAUCCCAGCAAGCCCCGGCCUGCCCUCACCAUCCCAGUGGCUGUGCUCCGUUACACCGACAUGUUGGACAUCCUCAGCCACACUUACGGUGACACCAAUGUCCACAUAGCCAUGUACGCUCCCCUAGAGCCUAUUAUUGACUAUAACAUGGCGAUUAUCUUCAUCCUGGCAGUGGGCACUGUUGCUGCAGGUGGCUACUGGGCUGGUUUGAUGGAAGCAGACAGGCUGCAGAGGCACCAGGCCCGAAGAGGAGGGGGCCUUGGUGGUCACAAUCAACAACAAGCCAUGGCAGCUGAGAGAUCCCAACGGGCCUGGGAAGAUGAAGACUAUGAAGACGCACCUGUGGAUUUCACGCCAGCCAUGACGGGCGCUGUGGUCACCAUGUCCUGCUCCAUCAUGAUUCUACUGUACUUUUUCUAUGACUGCUUUGUCUAUGUCAUGAUUGGGAUCUUUGGCCUGGGUGCCAGUACCGGCCUCUACAGCUGCCUGGUACCCACAGUGCGCUACUUGCCCCUGUGGCGGUACCAGUGGGUCCUGCCUGGACACCGGGCUUCUGUAAAGUUGCCAUUACUACUGCUGGCAGGCCUGUGUGCCUUGGUGACUGUCCUCUGGGUCAUCUACCGCAAUGAGGACCGUUGGGCAUGGCUCCUGCAGGACACUUUGGGUGUUGCCUACUGCCUUUUUGUCCUGAGGCGGGUGCGGCUGCCCACACUCAAGAACUGCACUUCGUUCCUGCUGGCUCUGCUGGCCUUCGACGUCUUCUUUGUCUUUAUCACACCCCUGUUCACCAAGACUGGUGAGAGUAUUAUGGUAGAAGUGGCAUCGGGCCCAGCGGAUUCUUCAAGCCGUGAGAGGUUACCUAUGGUGCUCAAAGUGCCCAGGCUGAGCUUCUCAGCCUUGACAUUGUGUGACCAGCCCUUCUCCAUCCUUGGCUUUGGUGACAUUGUUGUCCCUGGAUUCCUAGUGGCCUACUGUCACCGCUUUGAUGUGCAAAUCCAAUCUCACCAGGUCUACUAUAUGGCCUGUACAGUGGCCUAUGCCGUGGGCCUGCUGGUCACCUUUGUCGCCAUGGUCCUCAUGCAGAUGGGCCAGCCUGCCCUGCUCUACUUAGUGUCCAGCACUCUGCUUACCAGCCUUGCUGUGGCUGCCUGCCGCCAAGAGCUCUCCCUUUUUUGGACUGGCCAGGGCAGAGCCAAGAUACCUGCUGAGCCUGUGGCACAGCCGUCCAGUGCCUCUGCCUUCGUCUCCAAAAUGAAGCUGGAGAGUGUGAGGGAGUCCCAUACAACCAACAGGUUUGAGGAGGCCACUGAUGGAGAGUCAGGGGACUUAGACGGCACCGGGGAUGAGAUGGCAGAGAUGGUCACCCUAUCCGAGGAUGAAGGCACAAGUCCAGAGGGCCACAGCGAGAGUUCUGAGGGCUGGAGUGACGCCAACUUGGAUCCCGACGAGCUACCCUCUGGCUCCCCGAUGGCCUUAGAGGAGCUGAUGCCUCUGGCUAUGUUGAUCCCACUGAUCCCACCGAUCCCACACCCCUCCGAGCUGGGCCACAUCCGCACCCAGUCUCGGGUCCAUGACAGCAGCCUGCCCUGGAUGGCGUUGCACAAGAGAAAGGGCUUGAAGGUGAAGAAAAGUAUGUCAACCCAGGCUCCCCUAUGAACAGAGUUCCCUAGGACCUGUACCUCUCAGAGGGCAUCCAGAACACUGCAUGGGAAUGCUAGGCAGGAUAAGAGAUUGGGCAUUAGAGAAACUCCCU